AAUUAAUGUGUGCCGAUGACUCGAUCCAACGUCAACCUUGGUCGCUUCUCUGACUCGACAAGAGGAGGAGGAUUGAUUCUGAUAUAAAGCUACCACACACAAGAAGAUUCAUUUGGGCAUCGCGCAAGAGUCAUGACAGCCCUACGCACGAGUCUCUGGUACUCUUCCAGGAUUGUCUCAUCCGUCUCCAAUUGCGCAAGACCAAGCUUUCAUCAACCUGGCAAUAAAGUCAUUGCGCUGUCUCCCAGCAUAGAGCAUAGAGAAAUGUCAUCGGUCGUAGACAAGGUCUCGUCUGCAACGAGCAGCGCCGUCGAAGCUGUGACGUCGCGUUUGACGCCCAUGCAUCCACUUGCAAGAUCCGGCUUCGACCUCUCCGGUGCAUCAGGGCUGUACGAUCGAGCUCGUCCGUCCUACCCCACAGAGGCCAUCGAGGCCAUCUUGACGGCACCUACUGCUAGAACGAAUGGCAAGAAGAGCAAGCUGAGCAUCGUAGAGCUUGGCUCGGGCACAGGCAUCGCUACUCGUGCCCUGCUCGCUCAAUCAAACGAUAGGAUCGCGAAAUUGGUGGCUGUAGAACCUAGCACCGGUAUGAGACAAGGCUGGGAAACGGCUAUUGCUCCAGUCCGGCAAACCUUGCACGACGUCGAGCUCAAGACUGUUGAUGGUGCUUUCGAGAACAUCAAUGCUGGUCAUGACAACGAUAUUGUGCUCGUGGCGCAAGCCUGGCACUGGACGCGCGACUUUUCGAAAGCAAUCGCCGAAAUUUCCUCCACCCUAAGGCCUGGCGGAGUGUUUGCUCUGAUGUGGAAUCUCGAGGACCGAGAUGCUGCUUCCUGGGUUGCUGGCCUCAGAGAUCACUACGAGCAGUAUGAGAACGACACACCCCAAUACCGCCGAAUGCUCUGGCGUGAGCCAACAUAUGCCGCUCCAGCGCUGAAAGAUUUCGAUCACCUCCAGCCAUUAGCUUUCUCUCGCGAGCUGCCAACGACCAUCGAAGGUGUCACUGACCGACUCUUGAGCAAGUCCUACAUUUCGGUUCUCGGGGAACCGGAAAGGACGAAGCUCAUUGAUAGCUGCCGGAAAGUGGUGGAAUCGUCUCCGGACCGUAAAUGGCUCGACGAGGAGAAAGGCAUCUUUGCCUACCCAUACAAGACGGACUUGCUGUUGUUCCGAAAAAAGUGAAGCAAUUGGCCCGAUGCCGCUUCGAGCAGGGUCAAGAGCACUGCAUGACAGCACCUCUUUGAAUUGAUGGGUCCCCUCCUCGUGAUUCACCUCGACGAGGUAUCCGCGAUGCGAUUACCGCAUACAUCUAUGCUUCUUGAUUGUAGUAGAGGUGCGGACUCUCGUGGUGAAGGCACCUUGCAGAGGUCUCGUUGAGACUGCGAGGGUACGCGUCGAGUCAUAAUCAAGUCCCAUCGGAUAUGACGAGCAUUGCCAAGUAUAGGCCGCAUCAACGGGUCGCAUGGAGCUGUGGAGCUAGCUUCGGCGCCCGACUAGAGAGCAUCUAGCCUCAGUGUGCUUGUGUUGCCCGUGAUUCAUCACGAUAGCAUCUCUUGAAAUCCCAAAUGAUUACCACAAUCCAAACGUCAAUCUGCACGCCG